AUGAGUGGGCUAAAAUCAGCUGCUGCAAUGCCCUCAAGGCGUCGAAUGGCUCAGAAUUAUCUGGUUAUUUGGGUCGAUGGCAACAUCGACGAAAACAAUGACGAUUGCCGAAACACACUGGCACAAUUACGUUCAGUGGUAAGUGAUGUAAAUGUGUGCACGACACCAGAGCAGUGUGUCGAAUUUCUCAAUGAAAUUGAUGAUGGCAAAGCCUUCAUCAUUUCAUCGGGAGCACUAGGGCAAGCCCUUGUAAAUGACAUUCACGGCAUACCAAAAGUGGAUGCCAUUUACGUUUUUUGCGACAACAAGGAGCGUGAUGAAUCAUGGUCGAAGGAUUGGCCAAAGAUUCGAGGUGUUUUCACUUCCAUCAAGCCGAUAUGUGAAUCGCUGAAAAAGGUCGCCCAUGAGUGCGAUCAUGAUUCAAUUCCAAUGAGCUUCGUUCCGAAGCAAACGGCGACAGAAGGAGCAACAGGAUUGGAUAAAAACAAUCUUGAUCGGUUACCGCCAUCGUACAUGUACUCGAUCAUUUUCAAAGAUAUUAUAUUAGAAAUCGAUGACGAUGACGAAAAAUCUAUGAACACUUUAGUGAAGUUUUUCCGAAAACAGAAUAUUUCUGAAACUGAAAUAAGUGAAUUUAAGCGUGAGUACCACGACAAGUCACCAGUCUAUUGGUAUACGAAACCAAUGUUUCUCUAUGCUGUGCUUAAUCGUGGGUUAAGAUCGCUUGAUAUGGAAGCGAUGCGCAAAUUAGGAUUUUUCAUUCGAAGUCUUCAUCUUCAAUUAGAACAAUUACAUCAGGAGCAGUCGGCAAGUUUCCAAACAGCUUUUACUGUUUAUCGUGGUCAGGGACUGAGCAAAGAAGACUUUCAAAAUCUAAUGGAUUCAAAAGGUGGACUCCUUUCAUUCAACAAUUUCUUAUCGACUAGUAAGAAACAAAAAGUGGCCACAUCAUUUGUUCAAGACGCCCUAGAGAGAAACCCAGAUAUUGUGGGUGUUACGUUUAUUAUGACAAUAGAUCCAAGUAAAAUAUCAACUUCAAUCACACCAUUUGCUAUGAUUAAUAAACAAAGUGCUCUUCCACGAGAACAAGAAAUUCUAUUACAAUGCACAGUGUUUUUCGCAUCGUUGAAAUUACACAGACCCCUAAGUGAUCCACAACUGGCUGAUCUUACUGAUUGCAUCAAAGAGGAGGUUCAAGGUACGACUGGAUGGUAUCGAAUGGGUAACUUGAUGCUAAAAGUGGGACACUACGAUCAAGCUGAGGAACUCUACAAUGAAUUACUCGACAAUAUUUCUACUGAUAGUGAUAGAGCACAUGUCUAUCAUCAGCUUGGGGUGAUAAAUUAUCAUCAAGAAGAUGAUGCUUCAUUAGCGCCUACUUAUGGUAACAUCGGUCUAUUAUAUAAAAACAUGGGUGAAUACUCGAAAGCACUUGAAUAUCACUCAAAAUCACUCAAAAUCUAUGAAAUAUCUCUACCUGCGACUCACCCCUAUCUGGCUCGUUCUUACAGCUGCAUUGGUGGAGUGUAUGACGACAUGGGCGAAUACUCAAAAGCACUUGAAUAUUAUGAAAAAGAUCUCGAAAUAGCGAAAAAAGCUCUACCUCCGACUCAUCCUAAUUUGGCUAGUUCCUACAACAACAUUGGUGGAGUGUAUAACAACAUGGAUGAAUACUCGAAAGCACUGGAAUAUUACGAAAAACCAAUUAAAAUCUUAGAAAUAUCUUUGCCUCCGGCUCAUCCCGAUUUGGCUGCUUCAUACAACAACAUCGGUCAAGUGUAUACCAGCAUGGGUGAAUACUCGAAAGCACUCCCAGUUCUAGAAAAAUCACUUGAUAUCUUUCGAAAGUCACUUCCUUCAGCACAUCCACAUAUUAAGAACGUAAUGAAUAGUAUAGCAGUCAUGAAAGAGAAGUUGUAA